GUUCAUAUUCACAUAGUCCUUAGUUCUUGUAAGGAAAGAGACAAAAGGAGAGAAUCUUUGGGAUGUACAGACAGCACAGAUAGAUUUCUUGUGUGCUGUCCAUUUGACCAAACAAAUUGUCUCACAUAUUCUCUUCACUAUCUAUACUUUGAGUUGAUUAAAAAAUAUCGAACCUAACAUGCAGGUGAGCUAGCUUGGCAAUUUCUUGCAUCAAACUAAUGGGUGCACCAUGUUCACAUGGAAAUUUUUAAGGAUUCUUUCAUGUUGUUUCUUACCACUUUGUUAUAUAUAACAGAUCCUUCAAUGGCUCUUCAAUACAACACACCAACCUCCACGACUGGCGAGUUCUAGUCAGGGCAGCAAGGGACAAGUUGAUCACAAAGAUCAAAAGGUUAAGUCGAACAAUAUAGUAGUUUUCAGUGAUUGUGGGAUUAGGCGGAGUAGGCGUUGUAAGAGAGUUGAACGGAGCAAACUCAACUGCGAGAACUUCAAUCUCUUUUAUUUCAUACGGAGGAAAGACGUCUCCAGGGCUUGCUUCUAUCACACGCUCAACUUGAAGAGGCUUGGGAGUUCUCAGACAAGGCAGCAUUCUGUCCUUUCCAUGAAGAUGAAAAAAGAAGAUGUCGCUAGAGGAGUAGUAGGAGUUGCUCAAAAGGCUGAUUCUGCCACUCAUGUUGGAAAUAAAGUCUUGCCUAUUACUGAUACGGCUCAGACAUCAUCAGCUAAUAACAAGGACCAGUGCCACGAUGCAGACAAGAAAGAAAAGACAAAGGGUGACAAGAUGAAAACCAUUUCCAGGAUGAAAGAACUAUUGAAAUGGGCUGCAGCUACCAAGGGUGAGAGAGGUGGAAAGUUCAUCGGUCGGAAGGUCUUGCAUUUUAGGAAUAGAUCAGCUUUGAAGGCAGUACCAGAUGAUGAUCAGCUCAGCAACGACUCGCCCAAAAUCAGUUUUAGAUGGGACGCGGACAGCUGCUCCACCACUUCCUCUGUCUAUUCUGCCAUUUCUGCCAUGGCUUCUUCGAUGAAACACGACCAAAUUUUGAAUGCCGAAUCAGUAAACACUACUCCGUUACAUGUUAGAGAUCAGUGCGUUGCCAGGACAGGAAAUUGGAUCACCACGGAUUCUGAAUUUGUUGUGCUGGAGUUGUGAAGAUCAGUAACAAGAACAGUUCCUUAGUGGUAGUAUCGCAUGGCUGAAUCAGCUACGUAUGCUCCAAAUGUGAUCUUAUGGGCUACAAAUCAGGGAAAUGAAGUGAACUUUUGUUGUCUGAACUGUAUCUGUUGUAGCCCACAUGGAAAUCAAUGUCUUAACAUAUUUCAAGAUCUGGAGAUGUUCUAAUUUGCUGCUAUCUCUUGAGUAACGAGGUUUCGAUCGACAACCACAAGUUCAUGAAAUCUUGCUGUUGUUUCCUGCAAAAAAGUGACAGUUGAUGCUCAUUUCCUGCAAUGAUAGUCCCUUUUCUCACUUAUAAAAU